AUGGCAAACUCCAUAAACAAAAAAGUUAACACUAAAAUUACCCUAUUGUCUUUCUUUAUGCUAUUAUGUCUUCUAGUUGCUAACUCAUACAACCCAGAUUACAAUAUAGCCAUCAAUUGUGGUUCUUCAACAACCACUAUUGCUUUAGACAAUCGAGUUUGGGUUGGUGAUAAUUUUCAUAACUCCAGUAUCUUUUCAAUCAUUGAACCAAAAUCCACAAACCUGUCUCUUACAUCACAACCUAAUUCCAUUUCAAAUACCGAAAUUCCAUACACAACAGCACGUAUAUCUCUCUCGAAUUUCACAUACUCAUUUUCUAGCAUCACUAGUUCCCCAGUUUUUAUUCGCCUUCAUUUUUAUCCAACAACUUAUCAACAGUUUGAACCUUCUAAUGCACUUUUCUCUGUCAAAGUAAACAACAACAUUACCCUUCUUAACAACUUCAACGCUUCACUUUGGCUUCGCAAUGAUGAUGAUGAGGAAAAAAUCACCAAAGAAUAUUGCAUCCAAAUCAAACCCAAUGAGAAGCUAGACAUAACUUUCAUUCCAAACAACAUAAACCAAUCAAAUGUUUAUUAUGCUUUCAUUAACGCAAUCGAAGUUGUGUCUAUGCCUUCUUUUCUCUAUUACACUGAUCUCAAUGAUACAAACUAUCAUUUCAACUUACUUGGCUUUGACGACAGUGCUAGCGAUUACCACAUUCAUAACGACAAAGCUUUGGAGAUGGUUUAUAGAGUCAACGUUGGUGGUAAUCAAGUUCCAGCAUAUGAUGAUACAGGCAUGUUUCGUAAUUGGGAGGGUGAUAUUCCUUACCUGGAGAAACAAUAUCCACAGAGUGUAUCAACUGAUUUCAGCCAUCAUCUCAACUAUGCAAACAAUACCUUUCCAAAUUAUACUGCACCAGAAAUUGUAUACUUAACUGCAAGAAGUUAUGGAAUGGAUGCGACAGAGGAUUAUAAUGUAACAUGGAAUUUUGAAGUUGAUUCUGCUUUUACUUAUAUGGUAAGGUUACAUUUUUGUGAGUUUGAUUAUCAUAUCAAGAAUAAAGAGGAUAGAGUUUUUCAGAUUUUUAUAAAUGAUAUUUUGACUGAAGGAAGUGUUGAUGUGAUAAAGUGGAGUAGUGCUCGUAUGGUUCCGGUUCAUAGAGAUUAUGCUGUUCAUAUGUACUCUCGUGAAGGAAACUCUCAAUUUGAAAGUUUUAAUCUUUCAAUCAAACUUCAACGAGUACCCGAAACUACCUACACGAAAUACUGGGAUGUCCAACUGAACGGAAUUGAGAUUUUGAAAAUAAGUGACAAAAAUAACAAUCUUGCAGGAUCUAAUCUUGCAGGAUCUAUUAUACUAAAAUCCACAGGUAUAUCAAAAAAGCAUAAGUCCCACAAAGCUCUUGUUAUUGUAGUUGUCAUUGUUUUAGGCCUUGUUCUAGUAAUUGUUGUGGUUAUCACAAUAUUUUGGCAGAGGAAAAGGUUUCAAAAUUUCACGAAAGAUAACUUAUCAAAUACAAAGAAUGAAGGGUCAUCAUCAGUGCCGCCUCAUUUGUGCCGUUACUUUACAAUUGCAGACAUCAAAGCGGCCAGAAAAAACUUUGAUGAUGCUUUUAUCAUCGGUGUUGGAGGGUUUGGCAAUGUGUACAAAGGUUUUAUAGACGGAUCCACACCUGUUGCGAUAAAGCGCCUUAAACAAGGAUCUCAACAAGGUGCCAACGAGUUCAUUAACGAGAUCGAGUUGCUCUCCCAACUUCGCCACAUUCACUUAGUAUCCCUUGUUGGGUACUGCAACGAUGACGCAGAGAUGAUUCUUGUUUAUGAGUUUAUGCAACACGGCACUCUCGGUGAGUAUCUGUAUGGUUCCAAUAAGCAGCCCCUACCGUGGAAGCAGAGGCUUGAGAUUUUAUUGGGUGCUGCCAAAGGGCUACACUAUCUUCAUGCAGAGGUGAAGAAUAAGAUAAUACACCGAGAUGUAAAAAGUACAAACAUAUUGUUGGAUGAGAAAUGGGUGGCUAAAGUUUCAGACUUCGGAUUAUCCAAGGUGGGACCUUCAGGGAUAUCGACUACCCACGUCAGCACAAUGGUGAAGGGCAGCCAUGGAUAUUUGGACCCUGAAUACUAUAUGCUUCAUAGACUGACUCCAAAGUCUGAUGUGUACUCGUUCGGGGUGGUGCUUCUUGAGGUCUUGUGUGCUAGGCCACCUCUGGUUCGCGAUUUGGAUAGAAAGACAGCCAGUUUAGUUUGUUGGUUUCAAAGUUGUUUCGGCGAAGGUGUGGCUAUAGAACAAAUAGUGGAUCCAUUCCUGAGGGAUUCUAUCACGGGCGAUUGUUUGAAAUGUUACUGCGAGUUGGCAUUGAGUUGUUUGCAUGAAGACGGGACUCAACGACCAACAAUGAAUCAAGUUGUUGAGGAUUUAGAGUUUGCAUUGCAUUUGGCUGGGAGUGAAGAAAGUAGCAAGUUUGAUAAAGCUCCAAAGGAUGGAACACGUAUGAAAGGACUGCAAUUUUCACAAUUUAUAACUGAUGAAGUGAGUGAUGUACAUUUCAAAAAAUCUCACUCCUACAAGGAGAGCACAAGCUCUGCUAGGCCAAAUACUCAGGAACAUUCUUUUUUUGAGAUUGAAAAUCCAAGACUGCGAUCGUAUUCAUGUAAAAACCUUAAAGUUUAUAUUUAG